AUGGAGGCUAGAGACAAGCAAGUGCUUCGCUCCCUUCGGCUGGAGCUGGGCGCCGAGGUCCUGGUGGAGGGACUGGUUCUUCAGUAUCUUUACCAGGAAGGGGUCUUGACAGAAAACCACGUUCAAGAAAUCAAAGCUCAAGCCACAGGCCUCCGGAAAACAAUGCUGCUGCUGGAUAUCCUACCUUCCAGAGGUCCUAAAGCAUUUGAUGUGUUCCUAGAUUCCCUGCAGGAAUUUCCCUGGGUUAGGGAGAAGCUGGAGAAGGCAAGGGAAGAAGCUGUAACUGAGCUGCCUGCAGAUGACCGGAUGACUGGCAUCCCUCCACACAUCCUCAACAGCUCCCCAUCAGACCGGCAGAUCAACCAGCUGGCGCAGAGGCUGGGCCCCGAGUGGGAGCCUGUGGUGCUGUCUCUGGGCCUGUCCCAGACAGAUAUCUACCGCUGUAAGGCCAACCACCCCCACAACGUGCAGUCACAGAUGGUGGAGGCCUUCAUUCGCUGGCGUCAGCGCAAUGGGAAGCAGGCCACCUUCCGGAGCCUGCACAGAGGCCUCCAGGCCGUGGAGGUGGACCCCUCAGUGCUCCAGCACAUGUUGGAAUGAUGGGGUCUCCCGGCACCAUCCCAUGGGGGAGUGUGUCCCCAAGUUGCGUGGGCGGAAUCCUGACUUUCUCCCAGGGCAGGUAGU